GAAAAUUCAACUACUUUUACAGAUUCAAGCAGGGGUCCGGUUCUUCACGUCAUCUUGCCGUCACUUCCGGUUGUGGGGACACGAGCCCAUCGUCGUAGCUUGCUGUCCUCUGGAUCCUUGAAGUUCGUAUAUGACCGAGAGCGAGAGCAGGGGAAGGAGAUUGAGGAGGGUGAGAGAAGGAGUUGCCCAAGUCUUCCAAGUUCCUAGCAGAGAGAUUCUCAUCCUUCUUCUUGGGCAUCGGCCAUUAUCGCCGUUGGUGCUGACACGAACCCUCUUACACGUUCCAAGCAGAGAGAUUCCCAUUCUUGUUCUUGAGCAUCGACCAUUCUUGCCGGUGGUGCUGACACGAAGCCUAACCCCUGGACUCUCAUCCUCUUGUUGACGUUGCUACAUCUCUCUCCUCCCAAGCUCCACUUGUUUGCUACCAAGGUAUUGGAAGAGAGACUGCUGUUACGGAUCGAUGCUGUCUGGGCCUGCGUUCUUUGGACUUCUUGAUGCGUGAAGUUUUAUAGUAGGGGGAGUCUCUGAGUUUUACAGGUUAAAUCUGUACCUGAGAAAAUGGGUAUGGGGAAAAAUCCGAGGGGAAGUAAGAGAUCUUCCUCGUCCUCAUGUUCUACGGUUUCUGUGAUCGUUUUUGUGGCGUUUUGCUUGGUGGGGUUAUGGAUGUACUCCUCCUCUUCUGUAAUUCCCUUGCAGAAGUUUUCUUCUUCUUCAAUUAAGACUUCUUCAAAAUUUAGAUCUGAACAAAGAACGCCGUUGAAGGAUCGGGUGUUUGAGGAUAAUCCUGGCGAUUUGCCGGAUGAUUUGGUGAAGCAAGAAGAUGAUAAGAUUAGUGAUAAUGAUAAGAACAACGAGAAUUAUCAAAGCACAGCAGAUCAGUUGAAGGAAGGUGGUAUACGAGAGAGGAGCGAUGGCGAAGAAGACUCUGGAACCAUGGUGGACAGGUCUGUUGUACAGAAGGAUGAUGACGACGGCACAAAACUAGAAAAUGAAAAUGUGCUCGAAAAUGUCCAGGGAGAGGACCGACAAUCCGUGGAUCAAGAAGAUGGGGACAAAGGAACAAAUCAAUCAUCAGAUAGGGAUGACCCUGAGAAGGGACUCUUCCAAUCGGUUGAGCGGGAUGAAGCUGAAAAAGAACAGUCUCAGCUACCCGAGGGUGAGUCUCACCGGGAAGAGAUUGAAAUCAAUGGCAACGGAGAUCAAGAGAGCCACGUGGAUGAAAAUGUUCUACAGAAUGAGGACCAAAGUGGAUCUCACUCUACACAAGAAGGCGAAGAAAAAAUAACGACACACUCCGACGGGAAAGGAGAUGGAGAUGGAUCACCGGCGACAGAAGGCCAGGAAGAAGAGAAAGUCGAUGAUCAACAAAGUCCUGACACCGUUGCCACCCCAGAGGACGAAUCAAGGAAGCAAGAAAAUGAUGAGAAAGAAACAAGUCUCUCUGGUGAGUCAUUCCCUGAUGGAGCGCAGUCUGAAAUACUAAAUGAAACCAAAGCAGAUCAAGGGUCAUGGGCAACUCAAGCUGAUCAAUCUGAAAACGAAAAGGAAAGGCAGAAUGUUCGUUCUUCGGAGAAAGAUGAAUCAUCUGAAAUUUCUAAAAGUGAGGGUGGGAUCAAGGAGGAGACUGGUGGCGCAUAUGGAUACACGUGGGAACUUUGUAAUGCAACGGCGGGGCCUGACUACAUACCUUGUCUUGAUAAUGAAGCAUUUCUCAAGACCUUACACACUAGAGGACAUUUUGAGCACCGAGAAAGACAUUGCCCUGAGGAGAGCACUACAUGUCUUGUCCCUCUUCCCAAAGGAUAUAGGCGUCCUAUCGGCUGGCCUAAAAGCAGAGACAGGAUAUGGUAUAACAAUGUUCCUCACACCCAGCUUGCUGUGGUUAAGGGGCACCAAAAUUGGCUGAAAGUUAGCGGGGAGCAUCUUAUUUUCCCUGGAGGUGGCACUCAGUUCAUACAUGGUGCACUACACUAUAUUGAUUUUAUUCAGAAGACCGAGCCCCAAAUUGCAUGGGGAAAGCGAACUCGCGUGAUACUGGAUGUUGGUUGUGGAGUUGCCAGCUUUGGUGGUUAUCUUUUUGAGAGAGAUGUGCUAGCAAUGUCAUUUGCACCAAAAGAUGAGCAUGAGGCCCAAGUUCAGUUUGCACUUGAAAGAGGCAUUCCAGCUAUAUCUGCUGUCAUGGGCACAAAGCGCCUACCUUUUCCAAGUAUGGUUUUUGAUGUGGUACAUUGUGCUCGGUGCAGAGUCCCUUGGCAUGCAGAGGGCGGCAACCUUCUCUUAGAACUGAAUCGUCUUUUACGACCUGGAGGCUUUUUCGUUUGGUCUGCUACUCCAGUCUACCAGAAGCUGAAAGAGGAUGUUGAAAUAUGGAAAGCAAUGACUUCCCUUACAAAAUCCAUGUGCUGGGAUCUGGUGGUCAUAAAGAAGGACAAACUGAAUGGUGUAGGCGCUGCUAUCUACCGUAAACCCACAACCAACGAAUGUUAUGACAAAAGAAAGCAUAACAGCCCAGCUUUAUGUGAUGUAAAGGAUGAUCCUAAUGCAGCAUGGUAUGUGCCACUUCGCCCAUGUAUGCAUAGGGUACCAGUUGACCACAUAGAACGGGGCUCACAAUGGCCUAAGGAGUGGCCACAGAGACUGUACACACCUCCUUAUUGGUUAAACAGCUCACAGGUUGGAAUAUAUGGAAAACCAGCACCAGAAGAUUUUGAAAAAGACUAUGAACAUUGGAAACGUAUAGUGAAAACGUCAUACAUUGAUGGAAUGGGCAUAGACUGGUCUACCGUUCGGAAUGUCAUGGACAUGAGAGCAGUUUAUGGAGGGUUUGCUGCAGCAUUAAGAGAUCUGAAAGUCUGGGUGAUGAAUGUGGUGGCAAUAGAUUCACCAGAUACGCUUCCAAUUAUUUAUGAGCGUGGGCUGUUUGGUAUUUAUCAUGACUGGUGUGAAUCAUUCAGUACCUACCCAAGAACUUACGAUCUUCUGCACGCCGAUCACCUUUUCUCUAGCUUGAAGAACAGGUGUGAUGUUGUAGCUGCGAUGGCGGAGGUCGACCGGAUCUUGAGACCUGGUGGCAAACUUAUCAUGCGUGACGAGUCCAGCAUCGUGAGCCAGUUGGAGAGCGUGAUCAAAUCUCUUCACUGGGAGAUUAGAUUUACCUUUUCUAAGAAUCAGGAAGGGAUACUCCUCGCGGAGAAAACUUUUUGGCGGCCAACAAAACUUUCAAGUGACAACUGACUGCCUUUUUUGGUGCAUUAUUGGCAGCAGUUGGCACUUGGCAGCUAUGCACAAUCUCUGCAACAUCUUACCAAUGUCCAGGUGCUUCUGUAAUUUGACCAUUAGCCUGUUCAGGUUCUGAUUCUUUGAACUAUGUAUUAUUUCAAAUAGGCUCCUCUCUCUCUCCCUGCUUGCCCUUUUUUUUUUCUUCUUCCUCUCCUGCCUCUUUGAUUCCUCCUAAAUAGGCAUUGAAGAAUUUGCUUACAUUGAUAUCUAUAAAAAUGAUGCGUACAACUUGAAUGGCAUCAUCCGAUUCUACUCGGUUAUCCCAUUUA